CCAUUCUUAUUGCAACCAUUCACAGAGCCAAAAGUGAACGCGUUCAGACAGGGUCCAGAGAAACAAUGGAGACGGCGAUUCAAUAAGCUUCUCUCGGGCAAGUGUAUACUAGUUGAGCACACUUUUGGGAUGUUGAAAGGCCGCUUCCCUGCCCUCAAAGUGCUCAGUACGCCAAACAACAUAGACGACGUGUAUCGGAUUGUCAAAUCGUUGAUGGCCCUGCACAAUAUUUGUAUCGACCUUGGUGAUCACCCAGAAGACAUC